CAUUAACGUUGUACUCAAUUUUCUCUGUUCCAUUUGUCUCCAAUUUCUGUUCUCUUUCUCCGGUAAGUUCAUCUAGUCUUUACAGAAAAAAAAACCCUUUGAUUUCACCCUGUAAUUUCAUUCUUCAUUUGGUUACUUACACGUUUUGAACUCUUACGUAAAUACUGUAUAUUAUAAGUAUAAAAAAAAAAUACUGCUAAGUAUUCAAUACGAUGGCGAUGUCAAAUGAUUAUGGCAGUGGCACAUUCGAAUCAUAUUAAAAAGAAUAUGCUUUUUUUCAACGCUCAGUCUUUGACAGUUAUUGUUUCUGAAUUAUGAUUUCUUUGUAUAUUGUAUUUUGUAUUUUGUAUUUGUGGGUUUCUUGAUUUGUGACCCUAAUAAGCUCAGCACUGAUUAUUUGAGCUGAGUUUAGUUUCUGAUACCAUUUUAUUGAUGGGGUUUUGGUUUGAUUUGUUGGGUAUUCAGCAAAUUUGUGUAUUGUUGUAGUAUAUACAUGUUUCCCUCUUUUUGAAUUGUGAUCAAAUAGAGAGUAAAGAUUGGGAAAACUGUUAAAAAUUGGAUUUUUAUGGUGAAGAUUUGGAGAUUUAGUCAAUUUGAUGAAUGGAAUGUAGUAAUGAGGGGGCAAAGAUUCAAUCUUUGAUAAAUUGGGGUUUUGAUUUUGUGAUGGGGAAAUAAGAUUCUGUAAAGUCGAAGCUUGUUUGGUAGAUAUUGAUAAUAUUUAGAAAAAAUGAAUACUGUGGGGAGGAUAGGUAGCUACAUUGGGAGAGGGGUAAGUAGUGUUUCGGGGACUUUCCAUCCAUUUGGUGGUGCUGUAGAUAUCAUAGUGGUGGAGCAGCCGGAUGGGAGUUUGAAAUCCUCUCCUUGGUAUGUUCGAUUCGGGAAGUUUCAGGGAGUUUUGAAGGCAAGAGAAAAUGUGGUUAAUAUAGCUGUCAAUGGCGUUGAAGCUGGUUUUCAUAUGUAUUUAGAUGGUAGGGGACGGGCUUUCUUUAUAAAGGAGGUAGAUAUAGAAGAUGGGGAUUCUUUGUCUUCUUCUUCAUCCUCAGGUGAGGAUACUGAUGGGCAAACCAGUAGUAAGCGGCCAACAAUAUCAAAGAGUUGCAAUUAUGAUGUUGCUGAAUCUAAUUCAACUGCUCAGAUUAACGUGAGCGGUGAGAAUGUCUCGGUGAGGGCUAAUUCCCGAAGACCUGGGAUUUUAGGCCGGGUUUUUGGGACAAAGUCGAUGAAAAAAGUCAGGCUUCCUGGGGAAGAAAAUGAUGCCAGUAUUAUGAGGACAGACUCGUUGGAGUGUGCUGAAAUGGCAGCUGAUCUGUUAGAAAUGAAGUGGUCUACUAAUCUUACCCCGAAGAGGUACAACAGAGAUUACGUCAUACCAGUUGCUGCCCAAGAUAUGUCAAAGGGUGUUAAAGAAGAGGACUUGCAAGCAAAUGACAAGAAAAGUGAUACGAGUUCUCUUGCACAUGAUAACAUGUUAGACAAUCUUGACUUCCGUGAGCCUGCUUGUGAGAAGGAUGAUGGUUCUCAUCCAAGCUUUCAAACUCAAGAGGAGUCUGUCAAGGUAACUGGUAAACAUGUGUUUUUUCCAGAAUCUGAGAAUGCCGCAAGAGUGUCCAUUGUCCAAGAUGUUGAAGAUUAUAGUCAUGAAGAAAGCUUAAGAAUUUCUGGUGACAGUGGUGAACUAGGCGUAGUUAACGCUGAUCAUGAUGCCACGGGUGGUACAUUUAUAUCUGAGGUUGCGAGCCCCUUUUCAAAAUUUGUGGAUUCCCCUGAUAUAAAGAAACACAAUUCUUUUACAGUUAGCCGUCUUCCCGAGGAGGAACAUGAAAAUGCUGCAGUCCAGUCCUUUUUCUAUUGUGAAACUGAAGAGAACUCGACAACAGUGCUGGAUGUUUCAACUGAAGAGUUCACUCAAAACUUGUGUGCUUCUCGCGAUCUUGAAGCUCGUAUGCACACCCAAACAGUCCUCAGUAUGAAUGAUUUAAUGUCAAAGGGAAACUCUCAACCAGAAGAGGAUUUAUUAGUUGAAAAGGAUCCUUCAAAUGGUUUCAAGGUUAUAACCAACAACACUUAUCCAAACUCAAUCUCUCAUUUUUUGGUCUCCGAUAGCGGUUCGUUGAAUAGCUCUGCUGCAAAAGAUUUUGGGUGCAUUUUACCCAUCUCUUGUUCAAGCACCUCAACCGAUAAAGCAACAAGCAUAAAAGAUAAAGCAACAGGCAAACUUGGAGCCUCUUCCGAGGCUCUUGGUGAUCCUAAUGGAUCUAGUGGCAGUUUGGUCCCAUUUCCUGUUUCUUCAUUAGAAAGCUUGGAGGAAGAGCACCUCGUCUUUGGUGAUAUUGAUGAUGAUUACGACACUGUAGGCAGAUACACGGAGUCCACUUCUUCAGAUUAUAAGGAAAAUGAAGAUUACCCCCCUGCAUCUUCAGGCUCUCCUGAUAUCAACGACUACCGAGUACCGAAAUAUGAAUCUGGUCCAACUCUGGACAAGUCCAUCCAAAGUGAUCUUCCAAUUGUUGCAGAUGGAAGAAAACUCAGAACUGUAUUAAGCAAUGUUGACAUUCCUGCAAUAGUUCAGGGCAAUGAAGUUAUGCGGAUGGGCAGAUCUUUACCCAAUAUGUGGUCUCAUGAUACUGCUUUUCCUUCAAAUCCUGAGGAUUUACAUUCAUCAAUUGUACUACAGACAACAGAAGUUGCUGAGUUCACAAGGGAGGUGAAAAAUAUUUCAGCCACCCCAGAAAUUGAAAGAGAUCCUAGAUCCAUUAAUUCAUUGGGUAGUCGUAGCAGCUGGAGAUCAUGGUCUUUUGCUUUCAAGAGAUCAAGAAGCAUGAAAAAUUCUGGCUUGUCCAUGGAUGAAGAUGUAAAUACUGCUAAGGAUAUUUCAAAAAACACAGGUGGUGAUAGAGAAGAUGUUCCAAGGCCAAAGAUUUCUAAGAAGAAACUAAUGGUAACCACUCCAGCACCUGAACAGCUGGCUACUUUGAAUCUGAAGGAGGGAAAAAACAUAGUUGUUUUCACAUUCUCGACUGCAAUGCUGGGGAAACAGCAGGUUGAUGCACGUAUAUAUUUGUGGAGAUGGGACUCAAAAGUUGUAAUAUCUGAUGUUGAUGGAACAAUUACAAGAUCUGAUGUUCUAGGACAGUUCAUGCCUUUGGUUGGGAUGGAUUGGUCACAGAUAGGCGUUGCACAUCUCUUUUCGGCCAUCAAGGAGAAUGGAUAUCAUUUGCUUUUCCUAAGUGCACGUGCUAUUUCACAGGCCUAUCUCACUAGACAAUUCCUCUUUAAUCUUAUGCAGAAUGGCGUGGGAUUACCAGAAGGACCAGUUCUUACAUCACCUGAUGGAAUUUUCCCUUCUCUAUUUCGAGAAGUGGUUAGAAGAGCUCCUCAUGAAUUCAAAAUCGCUUGCUUAGAGGAUAUAAAAGCAUUGUUCCCUUCUGAUAGGAAUCCCUUUCCCUUCUAUGCUGGUUUUGGAAACAGACACACAGAUGAGAUCAGCUACCUCAAGGUUGGAAUACCUAAAGGGAAAAUCUUUACCAUCAACCCAAAGGGUCAAAUCGUUGUAAAUCGACACAUAGACACAAAAUCAUAUACCUCUCUUCAUAGUCUUGCCACUGCCAUGUUUCCAGCCAUUCUCUCAUGUGAGCAGGAGGAUUUUAACGUGUGGAAUUUCUGGAGAAUUCCACCUCCUUAUAUUGAUUGAAAAUUAGCAGAGUCCAUCCUGAACUAUUUUUUUGAGAUUCAGGGAUGGUACCCCCACGGCCAGCGUAAGAUUCAGCAAAAGGCUAACGUGUCUAUACUUUAAAUAUGCGGCAAGUUUGACUGAACCGCAGACAAGGCUCAUUGUAUCUGUAUAUUGCAUAUGGAAACGACUAGUGUAUAUACUAUUGUUUUAUAUCCGUCAUCCUGAAGGAGGAAAAUCGUGUACUCAGUUUUCUGGUAUUCUACUCAUCAAUCAUAAUCUAGCCAAUUCGCUAAGCCAUACAUGUAUGUAUACACAUACUUAUGGGUGGAAGAUAUGAAAUACGUCCCACAUCACCCCUCCUUCAAGACGAGUUGAACUUUGUAAAUUAUUGUAGUAUUAGUAUAUGUUAAUGAGGAAGUGUAGAUUUUGUUGUAGUUUGGUGAUUUAUAGAAUCUCUGUCUUAUAAUGGGACUUAUUUGUUGAGGCAAACUGUAUAAAGGUUGAAUUGUGAAUAACACAUAUCAGAAUAUUGGACCAGCAUUUGAAGUAAUUUUUUCUGUAUAAAGGUUAUGUUGCUCA